UUCCGAAAGCGUAACCAUGGACGAUGAUGUUACAUGGGACGAUUUGAUAAAUUUACCAAUCGACCCACCCAUCAAGAGAGACAUUUGUCGCGAAUGCAGACGACCUACAGGGGUAUGUUAUUGCAAAUACUUACCGCCUGAACGUUUGAAUCCGUUGUGUAAAAUCGUACUGCUGCAGCAUCCAGCAGAAGAAAAAAGAUGUUUGCACACAGCCACGAUGCUGUCUCUAUCGUUGAAAAAAGAAAAAUGCGUUGUUUUCACGGGAAAAAAGUUUCCACAAAACAGGCAUACCGAGUUACCUGAUAUUUUAAGUUCUCCAAACACUUUGCUGUUAUAUCCUUCAUUAAAGGCUGUGGAUGUUGAAAGUUUGCCGAAAGUAGACGAAAGUUCCAACUUUCAGUACACUUUGGUGAUCAUUGAUGGGACGUGGGCGCAGGCGAAAACUAUUUACAAUAAAUCGACCUCUUUACAUUCCUUGAAACAGGUUAAACUUUCGAAACAUCGCGGUAGCGAAUACAUAAUCAGAACGCAGCCUACAGAAGGUUGCUUAUCUACUUUGGAAACAGCAGCCGAAGCUUUAUCCAUUUUGGAAAACAAACCGUCUUGGAAAAUUGAUCUCUUACGACCGUUGUCUGCUUUAUGUGAAUAUCAAAUAAAUCACGGGGCCGUAAUACACGAAAGUAAAGAAUUACGAUUGAAAAAUCACACCUACCCGAAACUGAUUGGAAAACGAUUGAAGAAAUUGCUGGAGAAAACUUGCGUUGAAGAAACAGAUCUCAAUGAAAUUGUACAAUCUCAUAAUGAAAAUUAUGAGAAAAAAUCUCCAUCAAGUGACGAAUAAUUAAUAUACCUACUAUUCACUUCUCAUUAAUUUUUAGGCAUUUUCGUUUGUAUGCAUUUGUAUUAGACUGAAAUUUGUCCCAAAAUACGUGAGCUUUCAAGAUAUAUUUUUGUAAGUAUGAAUCCUCCAUAUUGUACAUAAUUCGAUAAUAUAUUAAACAUGAUUUUUUUUGUCCUA